UUGUUUUGGCAGUGGCAGCACUAUAGCAGAAAAACGUAAACAUUGGGCAAAUUGUUUUCGUAGCUUUAUAUUAUAAAAAAUUGAAAUGGAUCUGAACAUGAAGCCGUCCCUUGCUGUUGAUGAGAUGUUUUCCGAAGGUCCCGGCUAUAUGGACAUGGAGGAGUCGGGCAGCGCUUCGGGCAUGAUGAUGGAUCAUUUACAUACACCCACACAAAAUACAAAUGAUAAGCAUGUACAUGCCGACUUUUACAACGACUUUGAUGAUCUGUUCGAUGAUGAAGAUAACUGGGCCAAAGUAAACGGGAAGUAAAUGCGGCACAAGCAAACAAGGAUGUUAUUUAAGUUAGAUUAGAAAACAAUAAACCUAUUUGUAUUCAUUCAACAAA